AUGGAAGAUGCUACAACUUUCCUCUCCAACCCGGAUACUCCAAACGAAGAACCCAAGAAAUUUGCUUAUGACUUUAGUUAUUGGUCACACGACGGCUACAUAGAACAAGACAAUGGCUAUUGCACUGCAGACGAUAGUCAUCCAAACGGUAGAAAAUUUGCUGACCAAGCCAAGGUAUAUGAAGAUCUUGGAAGAAGUGUUCUGAAUAAUGCGUGGGAAGGAUAUAAUUCAACAUUAUUUGCUUAUGGACAGACAGGUUCAGGAAAGUCUUACUCAGUGGUUGGAUAUGGUGUUAAUAAAGGUAUUGUACCUUUGUUUUGUGAGGAGAUGUUUCAAGGAAUUGAAGAAAAGAAAAGCAGUGGAGAUCCCACAGAAUUUGAGGUUAACUUCACUGAGAUUUAUGAGUUCAUCUUUAUAAUUUCCUUAUAUGCACUGGCGUCUCCACCAUCUUAUCAUUGUGGGAUUCUAGCUCUUUGUUAUGCAAAGAGCCGAGCUCAUACCAUUGUUGGCAUUACACUGAUACAGAAGGCUAAAAAUGCAGCAGGACAAGAAACAGCUAAGACAUCAGUGGUUAAUCUUGUUGACUUGGCUGGAAGUGAGCGAGUAUCUAGUACUGGAGCAACAGGUGAUAGACUGAAGGAGGGAGCAGCAAUCAACCAAUCACUGUCUUGCUUAGGAAACUGUAUUCAUGCUCUUGCUGAAAAAUCUUCUGGGAAAAAUACUAGAGUGCCUUAUCGAGAUUCUGCUCUAACUCGGCUUUUAAUGAAUGCUCUUGGAGGGAACAGCAAAACUGUAAUGAUUGCAGCUAUUAGCCCAGCAGAUAUCAAUUAUGAGGAGACAUUGUCAACAUUGAGAUAUGCUGACCGAGCUAAACAAAUUAAGACAGUGGCAACAAUUAAUGAAGAUCCAACAGAAAAACUUAUACGAGAGUUGAGAGAAGAAAAUGAAAAGUUGAAAAAAACAUUAGAUCAUGGAGGUGUUGGUAUAACUGGUGUAGAACCUGGAAUGUCAGAGGAUGAAAUUGCAAAGUUAAAGAAGCUAGAAGAAGAGAUGAGGGCCCAGAUGGCAGAGAACGAGCGUGAACUUCUGCAAAUGAAACAGACUUAUGAAGAAAAACUAAAACAAGCUGAGACACAACAGAAAGAGGAUGAUGACAGAGCGAAAAUUGAAGAGGAAAAGAAAAAACAUCCACACUUAGCUAACCUGAACUUUGACCCACAACUAUCAGGGAAAAUUAUUCAUAUUAUCAAAGAAGGAGAUAAUGCGAUUGGGAAGAGUGAUGCUGACAUUAUUCUCUUUGGACCAAGCAUUCAUGACAGGCAUGCAGUUAUUACCAUGGAUAAUAAUAAUAUGGUUAGUUUGGAACAAUGUGCCAAUGAUUGUCGCAUCCUAUUGAAUGGUGAUCCUGUGACCUCAAAAGCAUUACUUUCACAUUGUGACAGAAUAAUGUUUGGCACCACUCAGCUUUAUGUGUACAACAAUCCUGAACAAGCCAUGAAUUCUGAGAAACAGUAUCCAGAAGUUACCUAUGAAAUGGCACAAGAAGAGAUUGCAAACAAAGCAGGAAUUAAUAUGGACUCUGAUGACCAGUCUUUGGAAACGGCUAUACUUAAUAAGGACCUGCUGGAGGUCUUACCUGGAAUUGAGGAAGCUAAUUCUAUUAGUGAAGAGCUUGAUAAACGUGUCAAGUUUGAAAUCAUGCUGGUGUCACCACAGAUAUUAGGCAAAUUAACAGGGAGAACAGAGGUUCUUGUUAAGAUGCGUAAUUUGGAGAAUGAACUUGAAUUUGAAUGGCCAAAAGAGGUAUUCCUUAAUCGAUUAUAUUUAAUGAAAGAAAUGUAUCAGAAUUAUGAGUCAGGAGAAGAUUGGGACUUACCUGAGGAGAGAGAUCCAUUUUUAGAAGACAUCGACACAGAAGUUCGCAUUGGCAAUGUUCAGAUUUUUCUACAGCCCUUAGCCUUUCUAGUUGAACAAAAAGAGCAGUUGGAAAUUACAGAUUUCAAAGGAACAGAAGUGGGAAUUAUGAAUGUUGAAGUUGUACCGUGCACUGAAGACGGAAAGGAAUAUACUGAAGAUGAUGAUGUUUUCAUUGAUAAUCCAAGUGAAUUAAUUGGAAAAGACUUGCAUUUCAUAGUGAAGAUUCAUGGUUGUCGUGGCCUACCUAAUAAGUACAGAGAUACUCGUUGCAAGUAUCAUGUGUUUCUGGAUGAAGAAGACACUGUUACAGAAACAAUUACUAACACCAAUAACCCAGAUUUUAAUCAUCAGAAAAAAUUUUCUUUUAAACCAGUAACACAACAGUUGGUUGACUACUUAAAAGAUGGAGCCAUUAUGGUGCAGGUUUGGGGUAAACAAAAGUUUCGAAACUCAGCUGUGGCAAAAUCUAAGGGGAAGAAUACUAAACAGAUGUUUCAAGCUGACUUACUGAACCAUGCUAACAGUUUGAGUGAUGGUUUCAGAAUGAAUGGAAGAACAGUUGAUCCCAAUAAACAAAGUAUCAUUGUGGAGUUACUACUAAUGAAGAAACAGCAAGCAAGACAGCAACAACGUCUGGAAAACAUUAAAAAAUUCAUCGAUAUAGCAGAAAAACAAAAACGAAGAUCUGUUCCCCUUUACUUAGUAAAGGAUCUUAUGUCUGCCAGCACCCAUGAAGCUGCUGAACCAAUUUUAGCCCAGCUCUCAGCAGAGGAAGACUAUGAAGAUGAUAAUCGUGUCCGCAGCUCUUCAGCAUGCAUUCUUCUUUAGUGUGUGUGUGUGAAGUUUCUCAAGCACAAUUCACCAGAACAACGUAAUUUCAUCAUUUCAAACUACACAGAAGAAAUCCAACAAUUUUCUGAGAAAAACUCUAAAAUGUUUGUUUUUCCCCAAUGAUUUGUUGCAUAACUUGUUGAUUAAGAAAUUAAACUGAAAUUGAGUAAAUACAUCUUAAAUCAAAGAAUUCAACUGCAGGUUGUUUUAAACAAGUUUUGAUACUUACCUUAAUCUUCAGUGAAUAGUUAAAAUGCUUUUGCACUAUCCCCUAUAUAUAUAUUACAUAAAUGAAAAUAUUUUUAAAAAGUGAUUAAACCUGGAUAUCUGUUAUUCUAUAAAAGAAUUGAGUUUUCUUAUUAUUCUGUUAAAGCUAAGUGAUAAAAGUGCAAAUUAACAUUUGGAAAUAUUAAGUGAUUGUAUUGGGCUAUUGUUUUCUUUUAAUUCAUAUCUGAUAUUAUGGAUUUCUUGCUAUAUGAAUUUGUAUGGAACAUAAGAAUGGUACUAAAAGGUCAUCAUAGGUAAAUGUUUGGAAAUUACAGUUAUCUUUUUUCAUUAAGGUAUGAACAAACACUUUCAGUACUGCACACUGCAAGGUUGUCUUUAUCUAUUUCCUUUUUCUCAUUGUAUCUAGUGAAACCAGUUAACCUACUAAAACAUUC